CGUAACACAGGAAACAGGAAAUGAUGAAACGAGUGAUGGCUAAUGCUGCUAUGUUUGAAAUUUGACGUGAGUGGAGAAGCCCCACAUUUCUUCAGCAGUUGUUACUGUUAUCCCCCAGAAGUAAGCUACUUUCGGACCAGGAGCAACACCGAUAAGCGCAAUGUCUGCUCCGCUCCCUCAGAAGGGGCUCGGUCCGGGUAUGCCGGUCAUGCCCCCCCAGCAGCAGCAGCAGCAGCCCGCGCCGACACACAUGCCUCCUGGCCUCGCGCAGCCCGGGAUGCCCCCACAAGGUGCCCUGCGGGAAAUCUCUCCCGUUUACCUGCCGCCUUUUAAAAAAGUUUACCUGUGCCGCAUCGGCCAGGAGACUGUCCAGGACAUCGUCACGCGCACACAACUAUAUAUAUAUAUAUAUAGUUUGUUCCAGCUUCCUAACGGUGUGACGCAGAGUCAGGCAGCAUAUCAGGACCGCUUUGGGAAGCUGCAGGAGCAUCUGCGUCAGCUGACACUGCUCUUCCGGAAGCUGCGUCUGUUAUACGAACGCUGUGUAGAAAUGACACCUGACCUCCAGGAGUCUCCAGCUGAGCUGGUUCCUUAUGUGGGGGAAGAGACGACAUCUGUGAGAGUGGAGCCCUGCAGCCCAGCUGUCAUUCAGGAGAGGCAGGAGGUUCUAGAGAAAGUGAGGCAGAAGAACCAGGAGAUGAAGGUGCUAAUGGACCAGAUGAGGAACCUCCUGUGGGACGUCAAUGCCAUGCUCACCAUGCGAAAAUGACAGCGGUACGUUUCCUAGCAAACAUCGGCCCAUCUUCCGUCAGCCCUCUUCUACGGUCUUCUCUCUUUCACGCGUUCAGACGCUUUCACACGAACGGCAGCCUGCCUUUCAUUCACUGCUUGUGCAAACGCCACAUAAUAUUUCAUCUUGACAAACGAGCUCAGGCUUGGCAGCUCUUUGUGGUCCUGCCUCAUUUCCAGUGUUAAAUCCCAACGCUCUGAUUAAUAAGCGCUUCAUCAAAGCAUCCGAGUUAGCGUCAGAAGCGGGAAGCAGCGUAACAGCCACGCAGGUGAUGUUAGCUAGCCAUGUUGCUGGCGUGAUGAACGAGCACCGCGGACUGAGCUUUGUAAAUAUUAGUGCCUGCACUGUGGUCUUUUUUUGCUCAUUGAACUGUGUGAUGUGUUUCACACCGUUGCUCCUCAGCAAAUAUGUACUCAGGUAGAGUGUGUGUUUCCCUGAGCUCUGCAUUACACUCCUGAUAUUGGAAAGGAUUGACUGGGAAAAAAAAAACGAAUGAAUUGCAGGAUGAUAGUUUUUGUAAGCUAAAGACUUUUGUACAAAAUAAAAAAAAAAAAAAAGAAAAA